AUGGGCGCCAACUGCGGAAAGGAGCAGCCUGCAUAUCAGCCGCACACUUACCCUGGCGGCCCUGGCAGAUAUGGAGCUCCAGUUUACCACCAUCCGCCCGCUGGCUAUUCCACUGCUGCAGGCUCUGCAUAUGCUGGUGGCCUCCCACAUGCAGGGCCUGUUUACGCAGACUACCCAAUGAUGGCUCAUGACCCAAGUGUGUAUGGGCCAGGCUAUGCGAGCCGCCCCAGUGGUAGCAGCCAUCCUCCGGUGGCGGAAGGCUGGGCAACCGGUGGCACUCGCCCUCUGCCACCGACGCCGAGUGUAGGAAGCUCUUCUGCUUGCCGCCAUGGUGUGGAAUGUACAGAUUUCAGCGAAGAGCAUCGACGGCGAUUUACACAUCCGGAAGGUAUUCUACUUGCUUGCCAAUAUGGUGCCAACUGUUACCGAAAGAACCUGGAGCACUUGAAGCAGUUUGUGCAUCCGGGAGAUCGACACUAUCGGAUGGGUCUGGUGCAUUUUCCGACAAGAAAAGGUGUGCGCGUGAAACCAGCGUUUCCAACAUUGCGAGACUUAUUUAACUAUUGCGAUCCGGAUGAGUCUGGCAACAUCUCCAUGGAAGAGUUCCAGGAUGCAUGGGACCACUUGUGCACUCUGCCGCACGAGAUCUUUGGUGCCGAGGAGGGAAACACGCUGGGUGGAUCAGCUGCAGAGGCAUGGAUCUCUGCAGCCGGAGAUGAGCGCAGUCAUCUCACCUUCGCACAGUUCGCCCGCUGGGCGUCGGACGCAAAGAUCAAGUUGCCUGUGGGUGUCGAUCCAGCAGACGCCAAAGCAGAUCGUCCUUGCCGUUUUGAGUACGGCAAGCGAUGCCCUUGUGCCAACUUCAAGGCACAAAGUCACACUAUGUGUGAGUGUGGCCACAAGAGCUCUUCACAUCUGUCUGAUGUGGCUCUCAUGAGCUUGGAGGAGCAGGAGGUACUGACCAAGUUGAAGCGACGCGCUCUUGGGCGUUCUUCAACCAAGCUUUUCGCACCGGAGAGAAAGCCCGGCUUCUCAAUGGUUACCAACAAGGAAGUUCUGGCUGUUUUGCAGAAUCUCCUGACAGAGACGCACAAGGCUACUGACAAUUGGACAAGGGAUCGUGGCUGCGCGCUGCAUGGGCGUCACAAGUGCGACACUGCUUGUAUCUUCAAGCAUCGUGCUAGUGUACCAACGGGCUUCCAGCUCGUGCGGGCUGAAAGAAAUCGGAAUGCGCCCUUGUGGCAUGUCUAUGCUACCACCCGGAGCGCCAUUAAGCAAGAGACUCAGAGUGGCACCGGGCCAUCCCUACAAAGAUUUGCUCCAGUGAGCACUUUUGAAGUGCCAUUGGAGGAGCCUUUGGAUCCAGAUGCACCUCAGAGAAAGCUUGGGUUUUGGUUUCUGGUUGCAGAUGGGCACAAGUUAGUCCCUUGA